CAACAACUCAAGCUGUUAUGUCAAAAAAAUGUCAAAGAUCUUCGACGUUUUUUUAUUUGUUUACUUCUUUUUGUCACCCAUCAUGGCGGAUACAAAAUAUUGCGGACGUUUGGCGCUCAGAUGAAUAUCAUGGAUAGAAGUAUUAAAAAAGGCACUUAAAAAGACAAUGUGUUUUAUAGUUUUAUAGUUGCACAUUAAAAAAAAAAGAAAAAAGAAAUACUUAUAAGAAAAUGGAUGUUGCCUUUUCUAAUCAAUAUUGGUUAAUAUCUUUUCUGCAAUCACUUUUACUUUCAAUUUGUUAUGUUGGAAGCUUGUAUAUAUACCCAUCACCGUUUCGCAGAGAUCAUCCUACCACCAUAAAACAACGUAUAAAAUCGGUUUUAAUUGUUUGUUUACUAGCACCAAUAUAUCUAUAUUUAUGUUCAACAGAAGAAGGAGUGAAGUAUCCACUGUGGGAAUGGAUAGGGUUUCGCACAAAAGGAUUUUUUUCUAGUUUAUUUUUAACACUUUUUCUCACAGUAAUUUUAUUUACAGGUCCUCUAGUUCAGAUUAUUAUUACUGGUGGUUUUAAAGAAUUUUUAAAAGAAAUUUUUACUUUGAAUCAUUUUAAAAAUUGGAAUUUUUAUAGAGUGGCUGUUGUUGCUCCAUUUACAGAAGAAUUUAUUUUUAGAGCAUGUCUAAUUCCUCUACUCAAAAAGAGUUUUGACCAUAAAACAAUUAUAGUUUUAGCUCCUUUAUUUUUUGGAGUGGCACACUUACAUCAUAUUUUGGAACAAUUAAGAAAUGGCACACCAGUCUUAGAAGCUUUUCUUGUUUCACUAUUUCAAAUGGUUUAUACAACAAUGUUUGGCAUUUAUUCAGCAUAUCUUUAUAUAAAGACUGGACAGCUUAUUGGAAUAGUUGCAUGUCAUAGUUUUUGUAACCUUAUGGGUUUUCCAGAUUUUCCAGGAAUUUUUUCAUCUCGAUAUCCAAAAAUAGUAUCAUUUGCCUAUAUUAUUGGAUUAGUUUUGUUUAUUAAUUUGUUGUAUGUUUUUGAUAACUCUGAAUUUCUUAGAAGUUUUAUAUGGAGUUCUGACAUAAAUAUUUAUUAUGGAGAUAGCUUCUUGUAACAAUUUCAUUGAAAAAUAAUAUUAACUAGA